AUGCGUAGAACUCGUUUCUGGAUGGAUAAAAUAAUGGAAAGAGAGAAUCUGAAGCCAUUAGGUCCUCCUACUGCGUUCAAGGAUCGUAUUCUAGUAAAAAAGACUAUGUCAGACAGUUAUAUAGAAGAAUUUCUUCCUUUCAAGUCCUCUCCAGCUUUGUUGGAUGAAUAUAUCUUUGCAGAUGGACGAAUUCGAACAGGGAAAUUAUUAGAAGGUGUUGUUAAUUAUUAUUAUUUUUGGUUUAUUUAUACGGUACAUUAUCUGGACUCAUUGGCAGGAGCCAUUGCUUAUAAGCAUGUAGAUACUGGGGAUCCGGAUGCUCCUCCGACCACAAUUGUCACCGCAAGUGUGGAUAGAUUGGACCUUAUGAUGCCUGAUGCGGUUGAAAACUACAAGCUCAGUGGUCAUGUUUCGUACGUGGGAAAUAGUUCGAUGGAAAUUUUUAUCAAGGCAGAAACAGUUGGUGAAGAUUAUGACAUGAGAGAUAAUGAGGCAAAAACUGUAAUUAAGCCAGAGGAUAUUGGUAUGCUUGGUCCCAACACUAUUCUUGCCACACGCUUCACCAUGGUUGCUCUUGAUUCAUACACCAACAAGCCAAUCAGUGUCAACCCGCUGAUUACAACGUCGUCAGCAGAGAGACGUAUGUUUGAAUUCGCAAAGGCCAACAAGAGGCGUAAGCAAAAGACUGCAGAUAAUGCACUCACACGACAACCUCCAACUCCGGAUGAACGCCUGGCAAUUCAUGACAUAUUUCUUCAAUACUCCCAAUAUUGCGAUACAUCCGAAGACACUUUUACUAGCACAACAUUACCCGACGGUCGAAUGCCCUUACCAGAAAACCUGAUCUGGAUGUCGGAUACUCGUCUACAGAGCAAUUUCUUGAUGCAGCCCCAGGACCGUAAUAUCCACAACAACAUCUUUGGUGGAUACCUGAUGCGAAGAGCAUAUGAACUGGCUUAUGCCGAAGCAGCCUUGUUUACCAAUACCCCGGGAAACAAUCUUUUGGCAAUGGACCAAGUGAUCUUUAGAAAGCCGGUUCACGUUGGUGCGGUCCUGAAUCUAAAGGCAGGAGUUGUUCAUGCGGAGGGUUAUCCUCAUCGGACACUUCAAUUGCGUGUGGUUGCCCAGGUGAUUGACAUCCAUAGCGGAAAGCGAGAGACUACAAAUGUGUUUUACUUUACAAUGGCAUGUACGGAUGAUGCAGUAAAGGUCAAGAGGGUGUUGCCUAGAACAUAUGCCGAAACAAUGCUCUGGUUGGCUGGACAUCGUCGAAGAAUUCAGGGAAUUAAGGCACGACAGCUUUUACUUGAUGAGUUGUCGGAUCAUUACCAUGGAAAAUUGUAA